UAACCUGAACCUGACGCUAUCGAUAUGGGACACGGAGCUUUCCAGUUGAGUUCGCGUGGUCGCAAACAUCUGAUCGUGUGUUCUCGGCGUGAUUACCUGUAACAAAAAUAAACUUCAUCAUCAAUCAAGUAGGGUUCGGUGAAAGGCCCGGCGCACGCGCGCUCCGUAUUUGUUCAACUCUGGUGCUAAAUAGUUUAAGGUGAAUGCAGUGUCUUCGCCUCGCGAUCCGCUACAACAAAAACAACGUCCGCUCGCUGCAUCCGAGCAGCAUCUCGCGUCGCGCACUGUUUAACAGUUUGGUGGCGAUUUCGUCCACCGAGUCGCCGGUUCACCUCAACGGCAGCGUAGCAUCAGCUGGCGGCUCCCCAGUGGAGGUGGCAACCCGGCGGAACAGUCUACCAGCGCCUCCCAUUUUUAAACCAUUCAUUCAAAGGCAGCAGCACAUGUUGCACAGCACAAUCAACGGAAACGUACCACCGCAACAGAACUCGAGCAGCAGAAUGACCAACGAUAGAACGCCGGUGAUCGCCGAGUGUACCAAACGGGCGUCCGAGGCCCGUGAGCUUCUGAAGAAAGCUGACAUUGUGUGCUUCGACGUGGACUCGACCGUGAUCACGGAGGAAGGAAUUGACGAGCUGGCACAGUUUUGCGGCAAAGGAAGCGAGGUCGCAGCAUUAACGAAAGAGGCUAUGGGGGGUAGUAUGACAUUCCAGGAUGCUCUGAAACGACGACUCGACAUCAUCAAACCAUCCCAGAAACAGAUUCGAGAAUUCCUUAAAACCUACCCAAGCACUGUUUCGGCGGGAGUGAGAGAACUGAUUGAUCAGCUCCGACAAAGUAGCGCUGAAAUUUAUCUUAUCAGUGGAGGAUUCGAUUGUUUGAUCGAACCGGUGGCAGAUGCGUUGGACAUUCCCCUGUGUAAUCUCUUCGCCAACAAACUUUAUUUCCAUUACAAUGGAAGCUACGCUGGCUUCGACACGAAUCAGGUUACCUCCAAAUCGGGCGGUAAAGGAGAGGCUAUUAAGAUUGUCAAGUCUCGAUUCAAUAGUGACACAAUCGUGGCCAUGAUCGGUGAUGGUAUGACGGAUCUGGAAGCCUGCCCACCUGCGAACUUCUUCAUUGGCUACGGAGGCAACGUCGUCAGAGAGGAGGUCCAGAAGAGAGCAACCCAUUACGUGACAAAUUUUGCCGAUUUACUUUGGUGAUAAUGCAAUACUCACAAACAUCUAGCCUGUAAAUAAUCUUUAAGCUAACAAUAAACCUCAUACGAAACUAAGUGUAAUAUUGACA